AUGGUGAGCGCGUGCGUGUCGUGUCCCUCGCUCCUCAACACCGCCUACCUUCCGCAGACGCUCGACGCGCAGAUGAACCUUUCCGCCGCCCUGUACCUCAAUGACACCGGUCCGCAGCCCUCAUCCCAGCCAAUGAUCACCAUUGUGGCCCGCGGCAAGGGGCUGUUGCUGGACAGGAACAGCCUUUCACUGAAGCUGUCGCCCAUCUUCGAGUGGAAUCGGGACGCAAUCGCGCGGCAGCAUGGCAGCGUGAUCAACUACAUACUGGCCUACAUGGAGACCAGCCCGGCGACCAAGCUCUUCAUCGCGACCAACGCUGAUCGGCUCCAGGUGUCCUACUUCGACUACAAGUGGGAGCUCAACAGCUUUGAGAACUCUCUGCUUCGGGGAGACAGUUGA